AUGCCCAGUCGUCUUGCCAGGUUUUACCCAGAAUUUCGUAGUUUUCACCACGCUUUACCUCUUGGUUUCCCCAGUUUCCACCUGGUUGAAACGGUCCUAGCCACUUGGAAGGCGACAGUGAACGCGGUCGAGAAGCCAGGUUUCGUGAUCGAACAGCUCUUCGACACACAGGGAAGUUCAACCUUCAGCUAUUUGGUGGGAUGCACCAAGAGUCAUGAAGCUGUCUUGAUUGACCCGGUCUUGGGCAUGGAGGGCCGUGAUUUGGCGCUGGCAGAUGAGUUGGGAUUCCAGGUGAAAUAUGUCCUGAACACUCACUGCCACGCGGAUCACAUCACAUCUGGCGGUGCCAUCAAGAAAUUGCACCCAGAGGCCAUAAAGCUGCAGAUGAUGUAUCUUUCUAUGCUACACCUCCCGAAAGUGAAAACUUUGAUCUCAGCUGCUUCGGGCGCUGCGGCGGACUUGAAGUUGAAGGAUGGGGACCAGGUGCACUUUGGAGACUACGUGCCCUGGCGAUGGGGAUGGGAGAAGAUUGGACAUACGGAUGGUUGCUGCUUGGCAAGGUCCAGAAGCGGUUCGCGGUUCAUGGAUGCUUUCUACGGCAUGACCUUUGUGCUGGAAGGACCUGGAGAACCCAAAGAGGUCUACCGGAAGAACCUGGUCACUGGUUGUGAUGGUGAUACUCUGCUGAUCCGAGGAUGUGGGCGAACAGAUUUCCAGCAGGGCAAUGCGUCCGCGCUCUACGAAUCGGUGCAUCAGAAGAUCUUCUCGCUGCCCGAGGACACGAAGAUCUAUCCAGGCCCGGCGAAGCAGAAAUUCAUCGAAGAUCGGUGA